AUGGUCGAUCGAAAACGAAAGCGACAAUAUUUGUGUAAUAAAUCGAAAUGGAAAAAAAUUAAAAGCGGUAUUUCCGGAUUACUUUUCACAUGUGAAGGUAAAGAAAAACAAGCUGUGCGAGAGGUUUACAAUAUUCUCCAUGAAAUUAUUGAAAAACGAUUCAUUUAUAAUGCAGAAUUCACGAACAACAUCGACCAGUCGAAGAAUUAUGAGGAAAAGAUGUGUUCAGCAAGAUGUGUAAUGAAAUGGGAUCAGGAUUCUGAAGAAGAAAUCGCCGAUUCCGUUAAAAGAUUCUGUGAUCAAGCCCGUGAUGUAAAAACUUGUUGUAGUGAAAAAAAGGACAUAUGGCAGUUGCACUCAGGCGUGCGGAAUUGCUUGUUUUUUGCUCUUAAUGAGAGAUAUUCGAAGGUAGUGUAUGAAAUAGCUGAUUAUUUAAUAGAAAUGACGCGUCAGAAUCCAUGUUGUCGCUUUAUUCGUAAGGUAUAUCCUAUAGAGAUCACAUGUAAUGUCGACUUGAAAGAUAUUGAUCAGCAAAUUUCAUAUUUAAUUGCGCGUUAUUUCGCACCAAAUAUGGAUAAUACUUGGCCAUCUCAUUCGAUUGAAUUUAAAGCGAGUAACAACAAUAUUAUUAAUCGUUCGAUUGCGAUAGGAAUGACGGUAGAUGCGCUGAAAUUAAUAGCACCAGCAAGUCGAACAGAUUUCAACAAUCCGGAUAUAUCAAUUUUAUUUCGAGUUAUCAACAAAACUGUUAUGCUUUCAUGUAUUCGUAAUUUCAUGCAGAAACGUAAAAUGAGUCUUUCAUUCAAAAAUAAUUAA